GGUAAGUAUAGAUAGGUGGUGGGAACAGAAGAAGAAGAAGAUGCGGCGUGACAUGGUGGUAUCAUUACUUUACCUAAAUUGAUGAAUUGAAGAGGCAGGCUAGGCUAGGCUAGGCUCGGCCCGGCUCGUACAUCGUAUCGUACCUACGCGAAACCUAAGACUGGACGGACUCUUGAAGCCAGAGCGGAAUCCACAAAAAGUCGCUUCCGAAUCUGAAAUUCGUCGAUUUUGAUUCAAAACUACGGUCCGACUCAUGGCUUACUCUUUCGGGUUUUGAUCCUCGCCAUUUCAUUGGGUUUGAUUCAGCUUUUGGAAUUUCGCAUGCCGAACAGAUGGGACUGAUCAAAUGAGGCGGUGUUCUAUAUUUCCGUAUACAGUUUGGAAGUUUUGGGUCGUCCAAUGGGUGCCCUAACCAGCAAUCGUAAGCGCUGCGACGAUGACUUCACCUCCUUGAAUUUCAAAACCCCGUCUUUUUAUUCGCUCAAUUUGGAUGAUAGAAUCGAUACCCACAUUUCGAAGAAGCCUAAAACUUCGAUGUCUAUGCAUCCGAGUUCUGGGCACCCGGUUUCAAGUGCGUCUUCGAGGAUUUAUCGGUAUCCCGAGCCAGUGAAUCAAAUUCGAAGGGAAGUUCAUGCCCCUUGUAGAUUGCGUAAGUUUGGAUUUUGGGCGAGUUCGAAUAGGGAGCCGAGGUCGAGCGGUACGAAGGAGGGUUUAGCUGAAGCAAUGGGGAAUGCUUUGAGUUCUCACUAUGAUUGGGCGAAGACUCGCGCUAUUGAGACUUUACGGUUCUUGACGAAGGAUAAGGAGGUCAUUGAUGUUGAUUCAGAGACUGAGAACGAUACUGUUUUGGAGGAUUCGAGCAUUGAGGAGGUAGAAGUUUUGGAAGAUGCCCGUGAAGGGCGGUCCGUGGGUUCUGAUUCGAGGGACGUGAAUUUGAAAGUUGAUGAUGCGGGGAAAAGGUUGGACAUACUCUCACUGAACCAGGAUUCGGAUGUUAUGGGCUUGCUGAUACACAAGAAAUUGCUCGAGAGUGCAGAGAGGCGGAAUCCUAAGUUGAGCAGCUUGAGCUUUCAAAUAGAAUUAAAUGAGAAACGGCUUGCUUCAUUUCAGUCGUUGCGUCCUGCAAAAAAACCGGAGGAGAAGGAUGUACACCAAGACUUGCUUCGUGAACCUUUUACGCCUCUUACAGAGGAAGAAGAGGCUGAGGUUUCUAGGGCUUUAUCAAACUCACAUCGGAGGAGGGUUUUGGCCAGGCAUGAUAACUCUAACAUUGAGAUUACGGGUGCAGUUUUACAAUGUUUGAGACCGGGUGCAUGGUUGGAUGAUGAGGUCAUAAACUUGUAUCUUGAAUUACUAAAAGAGAGGGAAAAGAGGGAGCCCAAAAAGUUUCUGAAGUGUCAUUUCUUCAACACAUUUUUUUACAAGAAGUUAAUUGGUGGGAGUAACGGCUAUGAUUUUAAAUCAGUGAGGAGAUGGACUACCCAAAAGAAAUUGGGAUACUGUCUUCUUGAAUGUGAUAAAAUUUUUGUUCCUAUCCACAAAGAAGUUCACUGGUGCUUGGCAGUUAUAAACAAGAAGGAUAAGAAGCUCCAGUAUCUUGAUUCAUUAGGAGGAAUUGAUAGUCGAGUGCUGAAAGUACUGGCAAGGUACUUUGUUGAUGAGGUGAAGGACAAGAGUGGAAAAGACAUUGAUAUUAGUUCGUGGCAGGAAGAAUAUGUUGAGGACCUUCCUCAACAGGAGAACGGGUGGGAUUGCGGUGUGUUCAUGAUUAAAUAUGUUGACUUCUAUAGCAGGGGUCUAGGACUCUGUUUCAACCAGGAACAUAUGCCUUAUUUCCGACAAAGGACUGCCAAGGAGAUUUUAAGAUUGAAGGCUGAGUGAUCUUCUGAGCUGGGGUUUGAUGCAGAUGUAUCUCCCAAAUAUUGUUGGCUGAGAUAGUUGAUCUGCACAGGAAGAUUGAUGCAAUGAAGUUGAUAUGCAUAGUGUUCAUGUAAAUUGGCUCAAGUUAAAGUCAAGGUCUAUCGAUGCCCACAUGGGGGUUGUGGAGAGGAGUUUGCCUAUUUCUUCGGCUAACUGAUUGAGAUUAUCUUGUUCAGGUGACCCUGUUUUUGAGUCGAGUAUUGGUGUGCAAGGGAUGACAGGCAAUUUGCGAAGUGGUGCAAGAGUUUUCCAAAACUUAGUAGUGUUUCUUUUUUGCUUUUGUUAGAUAUGAGUUCAUAUUGGGUUCUUAGUGUAAUUUGCAUUUGCUUCUCAAUUUUAUAGUUAUGACCCCGGAAGUGCGGGGAUUCAUCUCA